AUGGCAAGUGGAAGUGGUAGUGGUAGUGGUGCGGGUGAUAGCGGUGCUCCAGAUUGGCGCCAGAUCGUUAGGGAUGAGCUGCGUGCCGUUACGUCUAGGGAGAUAAAUCGGGCGUUACAAGCGGCCAUGCAGCAGCAGCGACAACCGGCGGUACCUCGACCCAUCCAUCAUCGAACUCAAAUACCUCGGGACCGCAUCGCUGCACACCAUCGGUUGUACGAGGAUUACUUUGUUCCACAGCCGCGGUUUGGGGACAACUUAUUCCGCCGACGUUUUAGGAUGAAGCGUCCACUGUUGCUUCGUAUUGUUGGCGCUCUAGAGCGUCGGUACAAUUAUUUCAGGAUCAGAGAAGAUGCAGUCGGUAAACCCGCCCACACGCCCAUUCAGAAGUGCACGGCAGCAAUCAGGCAGCUGGCAUACGGAGGUACGACCGACAUGUUCGACGAGUACCUCCACAUCGGCGAGUCGACUGCCCGUGAAUGUCUGGUGUUUUUUUGUCAGGGCAUUAGAGAGAUAUUCGGGGAUACCUAUCUUCAGAAGCCUACCCCCCAAGACUGCCAAGAUCUGAUGAAUAUGCACAGGGCUCAACACGGGUUUCCGGGAAUGUUGGGCAGCAUAGACUGUAUGCAUUGGGGAUGGAAGAACUGCCCAUCCGCCUGGAAAGGGUUGUACACAACCGGUUUCAAGAGCAAGCAUCCCACGAUUGUCCUUGAGGCGACGGUUCGAACAACGACAUCAAUGUCCUCCCCCCUUUUCAACGACCAAGAACUUGGUGUUGGUCCGGCCGUCGCCAACGGCAACCAACACAACAUGAGCUACUAUUUAGCGGAUGGGAUUUAUCCUAUGUGGCCCAUCUUCGUAAAGACGAUCAGAUGCGUUGUAGAAGAUAAGAAGAAAUACUUUGCGAGUCGUCAGGAGGCAGCGCGCAAGGAUGUGGAGCGGGCAUUUGGUGUGCUCCAGAGUCGAUGGACGAUAGUGAGGGUUCCAUCGCGGUUGUGGCAUAUGGAAUGCAUCGCUGAUGUCAUGUACGCAUGUAUUAUCCUGCACAACAUGAUUGUCGAAGAUGAAGCUGCAGCACUGGCUGAUUGGGCCAGUGACGAUGAUGAUGGUGCCGGUCUAAGCCACGGUGUGGCCAGCCCCAGUGGACGCAUGGGGGUACCCCAUGAAAGGGCCAAGCGGGUGCGUGCGUUUGGCGACAUGCGCUAA